UAGGCGGAAGUGACGGUCUCCAGGUUCAGGGCGGAAGUUCCCUGCCCCACCCGUAAGAAUUGAGGUUUGAUUAGAGGCAAGCGAGGAUCCUGCCCGGACUCCAGUUGUCCUCGGCUCCUCCUCCUGUCGUUGCCUGCGUGAUUCCUGGGACUCAGAAGCACAGAUUGUGUGGGUAUGAUCUGAAGUUGUGAUCAAGAGUUGAGUAGCCCUGGCUGGUGUAUCUCAGUGAUAGCUCAGACUUUAAUUUAAUGAAGAUGGACCAUACAUCCCCGACCUACAUGCUUGCUAACUUAACACACUUACAUUCUGAACAACUUCUGCAGGGUCUGAAUCUUCUUCGUCAACAUCAUGAACUCUGUGACAUCAUUCUUCGAGUAGGUGAUGUUAAAAUUCAUGCUCACAAAGUGGUACUUGCCAGCAUCAGCCCAUAUUUCAAAGCUAUGUUUACUGGAAAUCUUUCUGAAAAAGAGAACAGUGAGGUUGAGUUUCAGUGCAUUGAUGAAACUGCUCUCCAGGCUAUUGUGGAAUAUGCCUACACAGGGACUAUUUUUAUUUCACAGGACACAGUGGAAUCUCUCCUUCCAGCAGCAAACCUACUCCAGAUAAAACUUGUCCUGAAAGAAUGUUGUGCAUUUCUUGAAAGCCAACUUGAUCCUGGUAAUUGUAUUGGAAUUUCUCGUUUUGCAGAGACGUAUGGUUGUCAUGACCUUUAUUUGGCAGCCACUAAAUAUAUAUGCCAGAAUUUUGAAGCUGUUUGCCAGACUGAAGAAUUUUUUGAGCUUACACAUGCUGAUUUGGAUGAAAUUGUUUCCAAUGACUGUUUGAAUGUAGCUACCGAAGAGACUGUUUUUUAUGCACUUGAAUCUUGGAUCAAUUAUGAUGUACAAGAACGCCAGAAAUACUUAGCACAGCUACUUAACAGUGUGCGAUUACCAUUGCUAAGUGUUAAGUUUCUCACUAGAUUGUAUGAAGCAAAUCAUCUUAUCCGUGAUGACCGUACUUGUAAACAUCUUUUGAAUGAAGCCCUAAAGUACCACUUUAUGCCUGAACAUAGACUCUCUCAUCAGUCAGUCUUGAUGACACGACCUCGCUGUGCUCCCAAAGUACUUUGUGCAGUAGGAGGAAAAUCUGGACUGUUUGCCUCUUUGGAUAGUGUGGAGAUGUACUUUCCUCAGAAUGACUCUUGGAUUGGUUUGGCACCCCUAAACAUGCCUCGCUAUGAAUUUGGAAUAUGCGUUUUAGACCAAAAAGUGUAUGUUAUAGGUGGUAUUGAAACUGAUGUGCGUCCUGAUUUCACUAUCAGAAAUCAUGAAAAUUCAGUAGAAUGCUGGAAUCCUGAUACAAAUACCUGGACUUCUCUUGAGAGAAUGAAUGAGCACCGAAGUACCCUUGGAGUGGUAGUACUUGCAGGAGAACUUUAUGCUUUAGGUGGUUAUGAUGGACAGUCUUAUUUACAGUCUGUAGAGAAGUAUAUUCCCAAAUUAAGAAAAUGGGAACCUGUGGCACCAAUGACUACAACACGAAGUUGUUUUGCUGCAGCUGUGCUGGAUGGAAUGAUAUAUGCCAUUGGUGGGUAUGGUCCCGCCCACAUGAACAGUGUGGAGCGUUAUGAUCCAAGUAAGGAUUCCUGGGAGAUGGUUGCAUCUAUGGCAGAUAAAAGGAUCCACUUUGGUGUGGGUGUCAUGCUGGGCUUUAUUUUUGUGGUAGGUGGACAUAACGGUGUCUCACAUUUGUCAAGCAUUGAAAGAUAUGAUCCUCAUCAAAAUCAGUGGACUGUGUGUAGACCAAUGAAAGAACCCAGAACAGGAGUUGGUGCUGCAGUAAUCGAUAACUACCUUUAUGUAGUCGGUGGUCACUCAGGGUCUUCCUACCUGAACACCGUGCAGAAAUAUGACCCUAUCUCAGAUACAUGGCUGGAUUCAGCUGGCAUGAUAUACUGUCGCUGCAAUUUUGGGUUAACUGCACUUUGACAAGUGUGGACUCAUGGAAAUAGUGAGGUGAAGAACUUCGUGCCGCAUGAAAGGAGCCCAAUUUUCUGAAACCCCAAAGCUGCAUUGCUUUUUAACUAGAAAUGUCAUGAAGACUCAGCAUUUUGUUGGGUACUUUGAACUGACAAGUAGCUUUGGUUGCUCUUGAUUACAGUGAAUCAAUAAUCAAAAAAAAAAAAAAAAAAAAAGGAAAGAUCUUGCCAAUUGAAUUGUGCACCUUUUUCCUUUAAUACUGGCAUAAAGUAGUUUCUUUUAAUUGUAUUUAUUGCUUUUAGAGAAAGAGGAAGGGAGAGGAAUAGAGAUAGCAACAUUGACGAGAGAGAAACAUCGAUCGGCUGCCUCCUGCAUGUCCCGCACUGGGGAUUGAGCCUGAAACCCAAGCAUGUGCCCUAACCAGGAAUUGAACCAGUAACCUCCUGGUUAACGGAUUGAUGCUCAACCACUGAGCCACACCAGCUGGGCUGACAUAAAGUAGUUUUAUGUUCAUAAGUGUACAUGUGAAAAACUUGGUUUUUAAAAAUAUUUUUAGCUCUCUCCCUCCUUAAUAUGCACCAUGAUUACUAGGAUGAAUGAUGUUUAGAUGCUGCAAUGUAGUGAAUGUCUGGACAGAGUACUGAUACUGUCUAUUGGAUAUAAGUUCAAAUGCUUCACAUUUUAAAUAAAGGGCUGCACUUUUUUGGUACUUUUAAGGGGUAUAAAUUACACACUCUAGUGAAUCACCUGGACAUUCUUCCUGCUAAAUGGCUUUAGGGCUGGGGCUGUAAUAACUUUGCAAAACAAAUGCUUUUACUAUCAUGAUAUUUGGGGGCCUGUUAAAAGAUAUUUACUGUUUAUAUCUUUUUUACGUGGGCAGGUUAAUGCUGGAAGAAGUUACUUAUCCAGUUCUGCUAUGCUAAGCAUGGAUAGAGUUAAGCACAUCAGUUUAUUUUUUUAGUAGUACAGCAAGCUUCCCAGUGUUGAUGCACAUAAAUGACAAAUAUUUAGUAUCACCCUUAGUGCAUAUUGAUUUUUUUAUAUAUCCUUAUAAUAAUUUCAGGUUUUAAGACAUUUGUUUGCUUUUUCAAAGUGUUUUUAGAUAUAAAAAUGGUGCUAAUGUAGGAGCUAUAACAAGGCUAUAACGAUGUUCUUUUGGAUGUUCAGUAUGAAAUUUGCAUGACAUGUUUUGAUAGUAUUUUUCAUUUUGACUGGCUUGAUUUAUUUGUGCUUAUUAAAAAUGUUAGUGAAUAUACUAAUGUUAACAUCCAAAAAUUAUCUAAAUGAUAUUCUAUGCUUUCCAUGGUUCCUGAAUAAUGAUUUAAAGAAAGAUACAUUUUUUUAUCUUCUUUCUUAUGCUAGAUAUUACAUGUCCUUCUAAAAAAACAAAAAUAUAUGCAUUAAAUAUAAAGCACUAGGCAGUUAUGCAUUACUCCACAUUUCUUGGUAACUGAAAAUUUUAAAGUCAUUGAGGAAAACUGGAACUCAUUGUUUACUUGAGUAAUGGUUCUAAAUUUGGUUCUACUUUGACUAAAGAAAUGAUCUUUUAAAGCAAAAUGGUUUGCUGUUGCCAAGUGACAGCUUAUUUAAAAGAAGUGGAUGAUUCAUUUUGUUUUAGCAUGUUUUACAAAAUGUCCAUUAGACUUGAACACAUUACCUUGCAUUUUAUUAGGAUGUCGGUACUUUUAUUUUUGUUACUAUAGUAAUUUCAUUUUCUUCUUCAUUAUUUUUUUUUACUUGUCCACCAUCUCUUUAUAGUCUAAAAUACCAGUGAAUAUUUGUAAGAAAAAUUAACUGCAUUCUUAAGUGCCAUAAGGUUCUCUAAACUAUUGUUAAGAAGCCAUUUGUAAUUAUAAAACGUAAGUUAAUUUGUUAGCAUACAUGUUAUUUCUUAAAAACUGUAGCUGGCAAUUUGCUGUUUUCCUUGUUCUUCCAUAAACUGCCAGUUGUAGAUUUAAAUAUAUACUACCAAAUUAUUUAAAAGUCAUCUUUAAACACAAGUAGUAUCAUGCUUUAUGAAUAUUUGCACAGAUUAUAAAACCUUGCAAGUGAUUUUUAGUCUCUUGUAAAUAAGAACUCAACAGGAGCUACUAAUAAACUUCACAGGCUAUUUUCUAUGUUGCUUGUUUAAAUCACAAUGAUAUAUAGCAAUAACUUUUUAAUUGAUUUAAAUAAAUUUUGUGGAUAGAAACAAGGUGCAUUAUUGUGAUUGGCCUAGACUUUAUUUAAAGAAAAAGCAAUUUAAAAUGGAUUCCAUCACAUAUUUGGUUUAAAUUUCCAAACUCAGUUUUCUUUCUAUUUAUAUCAAUAAAGUUGUUAAAUACAUCCUGUCAUUCUAUAUUUAAUCCUUUCUCCCUAGAAGGGAAUUUGAAAGACUAGAAAAUUAUUUUAAUCAUAAACAGUGCUAUACUACACAUUUUAUUUUAAUUAUGUUUUAUUCAAUGUAUCAGUGCCACUCUCAAAUUAAAACAGAAUAUAUAAAUCAUUUGGUAAAUUAGAUCAAAAGCAUCUCUUAAUCGUUGUUUUGGAAAAAAUUUGAAUUUCAUGUUGAAGAAGACUAAAUGUGAAAUAUUUGGGGCAAUAAUAGAAGCCAUAUACCAGAGAAAAAAUUAUGAAAACCUAUAAAAUAAAGGGAAAAAAGAAAACAAAUUUAGAAAUAUUUAUUUCAGGUUUGCUAAAGCUGCUCUACUAUUCAUAACAACCUUAGGUGUUAAUGUGAUUUGACAACUAAUAACUAUACAGCAGAACCUUCUUGUACAGAUUUAUGAGAAGUUUCAUUAUGAAUACUCGGCUGAUAAAUUAUGAAUUUAAUGUCACAUGUUUCUGAUACUAAAAAGGAUAAAGAUAUUUAACUAUAAAUUCACAGGGUUAAAGAUGUUAGACAUAAUUUUAUAUAAUCAAGGAGAAGACAGCUAAUUAAGAUUGCCCACAAAUAUUUUUUUUAAAGUGGCAGUGAGAAAUAGAGAUUGUCUAAUCAGUUGGAAGAUAAUUGCCUUUUAUGAUUACUUUAUGAGGACAUAAUCAGUUAGGAAUGUUUGGCUAUUUAGUAUUUGCUGACUAUAGUAAUAGAACUUAAGUGAUUUUUAAAGUAGACCAAAGGAUAUUUAUGUAAGUUCUGUAUGUUAUUGCUGAUAUUGUUUUAGAUAUGAAUGAAUAUAAAAUUAUAGGAAGUGGUAUCAAGUGAUAGAAAAAUGGCAUUCACUAGGUUUUGAAAAUUAUUUUGAUAGCUUGACAAAUAUGGAGGGUCUACUAUCUGUAUGAGAUAUUGUGCUAGAUGCUAUAGAGGCUAGAAAUAUAAAUAGGAUAUAAUCUUUUCAUUCAAAGAAUAAAAUAUAGUGAGGGAGACCUAUACCCAAAGUGAUAAAGUGUGAAUCUAAUUCCUUAUCUCCAACAUCAUAAUUAAUUAGAGACCCAGUUUAUGUAUAAACAUUUGUAUCCUUUUGUGUUCAAUUAGGUUUUAUUGGCAUGAAAGAGAUUUAUAAAAAAAAACCCCUAAAAUAUAUAGAAUUCCAAAUUCCCUGGAAUUUGAUAAUAUAUUUUCUAGUAGGCAAACAAAAUCAUAGAAGCUUAAAAAAAAUACUAUAUUAUCAAUGCUCUGGCUGAUACUAAAGGAAAUAUGUGUACAUAUAAUGUUCUGUUUGUUUUCAGUUUUGGUGUUGGAUUUCUGGUAUUCUCACCUAAGUGCUCAUUUUCAGGAAAAUAAGAUUCCACCAUAAAUAUACUGCUUAAAGUUCAGUAAACUGGUGAUAACCUCUAUAACCUCUGUAGUUUGAAAGUUAAGAAUUAUAAGAUAUCACCUGUCAAGGUAACAUCCCGUUCUACCUUUUAACCUUUUUUUUUCCUUUGUAAAGCAGCACUUUAAUUAGACAUUUGAUUAGAUGCAAUUAUUCUGUGGCUGGAUAGAAAUUGGGUUUUCGCUUACAGUAUAUUGAUUCAGUGUUGAUACAUAUUUGAAAAGAGUGAGGACUACAAUAAGUUUUAAAACUAUAGGUUUACAAGUUUUCUUAUUGGUGUGAAUAUGGAGUCAAAUAAAAAUCCAGUUUACAUCUCUGCAGAGAGAAAAAUUGUUAUCCAUAUGUCUUUUAUAUUACACAUAUUUAAGUAGGGAUAUUUAUUGUUACUUUUGUCAGAUUAUCAUGUGUAAGUCCAAGCAAAAAGUUCCAAGUUUGCCUUAAAAUACAAGUGAAAUAAAAGAACUGGAUAAUAAUGCCUAUAUUUUUGCCUUAUGAAUUGUGCUGUAUCAUAAACCAGAGAUGGUUUUGAUUUUAACAGAAUUCUGAAAUUUUAUAGAUGUAGAGUACUAUAUAUGUACUCUCUUGCAAAGAAUGUGAGCUAGUGUGGAUUAUGUUAAUAUUUAAAUGUUUUUGUAUGUGUAUUUUACCUCUGAAUAGUUACCUUUUAGCAUCAGGGUUUCAUUUUAAUUUUGUUUACAUAGUAAAGUGGCAUUAACUUGUUGAAGGUUGUAUUCUUUUGUCUUAUUUUAAAAGUUCUUUGUAUGUACUAUUGUGGUAUGCUCUGUAGUGACUAUGUUUAGAAUAAAUUUGAAAAACAUGA